AUGAAUUUAACACGAGAAAAUUUUCGUGCAAUGAUUUUUUAUGACUUUCGAUGUCAUUUAAGUCAACAAGAAAGUUAUGAUAGACUACGAUUGGCCUUUCACGAUGAAGCCCCAUCUCGUGCGACUGUUUACAACUGGUUUAAUGAGUUUAAACGUGGUCGCACUAAUCUCACUGAUGAUUUACGUGAGGGACGGCCUUCUACGGCGACGACUGAAGAUAACAUCUGUGUUGUGCGGCGUAUGAUAGAGACUGACAAAAGAGUGACCUAUCAACAGAUUCGGACAAGCUUAGGCAUCGGUAUGAGUCAAGUGCACAAAAUCCUCCACGAACAUUUAGCGGUCAGGAAGCUUUGCGCCCGGUGGAUACCUCAUAAUUUGACUGAGGCUCAAAAACUCCAUCGUGUGGAUUGGUGUCGUAAAAUGAUUGAAAGAUUUAACGGAGGUGACUCAAAUGCUGUGUUCGACAUACUAACAGGUGACGAAAGCUGGAUUUACUGUUAUGAUCCUAAAACCAAAAGACAAUCUGCUCAGUGGGUGUUUCCUUUCGAGGAGUUGCCAACUAAAGUGAAGAGAGAUCGAAGUGCGGGAAAAAAAAUGGUGGCCUCGUUCUUUGGAAGGAUAGGUCAUUUUGCAACAAUUUACACUACCAAUUGUUUGCCACUUGUCUUGGAAAAAGUUCGAGAGAAACGACCUCGCAGUAGGAUCCUCCUUCACCACGACAACGCCUCGUCGCACACCGCCAAGCGAACGAUCGACUAUUUGGCGACAUCAAACGUUGAAUUACUGGGUCACCCGCCGUAUAGCCCCGACCUCGCGCCUUGUGAUUUUUAUUUAUUUCCAAAAAUUAAAGAAAAACUUAAAGGAAAGCGGUUUAUGAAUGCUGAAGAAGCGGUGGCUGCGUAUCGCGAUGCCAUUGAAGAGACCCCUAAGGACGAGUGGGCAAAGUGCUUUUCCCAGUGGUUCCAUCGCAUGCAGCGCUGGGAGCCACCUGUAAAGAACCCUCAGACUGUGUACUUGUACCGGGUGUUCUGGCGCGCGUACGGCGACAAGGUACCGGAGAAGUUGGACACCAGCGAGACCAGUGUGGUGCUAACAGGUCUACUAGAUGACAAGAGAUACGAAUGUGUUGUUAAGUCUGCCAAUGACUUAGGUACCUCAUCGUUGAGUGAGGCGAUAACAUUCACGACGAUGGGUCAGGAGAGUGGCGCGGAGGCGGCGGCGGCGGCGGUGACCGGCGCGGGCACGGCCUCGGCGGUAGGGCUCGCUGUGGCCUGCAUCCUUGUCGCCGCCAUACUCCUGGCAGCAGGACUUUACUAUAGACAUAGAAAGAAUCUUAGACUUAAAACGCAAGGCGGUGUAGCAUUUGAAAACCCAAGCUACCUCAGAGAACCAAAUCCUGACACUAAUGUUAAUGGUACAAUGCCCAAUGGCGGUACAAACGGCACCAAUGUCCCGAAUGGUGUUGGAAACGGUAUUCCAAACGGUGUAUCGAACAGUACAGCGUGGCGACAGGAGACCCUACAAAACCCCUCCACUACCAUUCCGACAGCUAGGGAAGUAGACCCGACGCUUUAUGAGGAGCUGAAACUCGGUAGCGCGUCGGUCCCCGCUCCGCUCGCCGCGACUGUCGUCGCCGCGGGUGGCGCCGCGCUAUUGAGCGGCUGCGGACCCGCGCGCGUCUUUUAUAUAUAGAUGUAGACUCCCCUCCAGAGUCUCAGUAUUAAUAUCUUCUCUCGCCCCCCAUACACGCAGUUCGUACGAAAUAUUGUUUAAUGUAAAUUCCAAUUUUAAACGUAACGGAUACGGAGAUGCAACACAUUGAAAACUCUUAAAGUUUUGAAGAUGAAUGCUACGCGGCCAUAGCGGAGUACGUAGUGAAGUUUAAAGUAUCAUAAGAAAAUAUAUUUUCAGUAUCAUACUAGAUGUGAUUUUAACCAAAAAAAAAGGACCUCAAAUACUUUCUUAUCAUUUCGUGUAAAUAUUUCUCGAGACGAUAAAUAGACGUAGUUAUUUCGAAGUUGAAAUUAAUGUAAUAAUUAGGAUGUUCCCUAAAAAAAUGUGCCUUCGAUCAAUUUAUGAAGUAGGUAGUGAUAUACAAUACAUUAGUAAUAGUGACCCCUUGCUUGUAAAUAUACUGACAUUCCGUUACUACAGUUUUAUGCAGUCGGCAUUCUGACUUGCGACGUAUUCCUUGUAAAGUUUAAAUAUAUAAUUAUUUUUAUUGAUUUUGAUAUUUAUAAUUAUUUUUUGUACCGACUGUACCUUAAGAAAACUUCGACAUACCUGAAGCAUAUCAGUCAGUCUCUUUCACCUAACUUUAUAAUAUGAUCUCAUUAAAGAAUGGUGUAAUUUCUAUGUUUUGAGAGUUGACAAAACAAAUACCUAUGCUUAUUGUGUAUACUUAAUUACCGCCAGGCAAAAUUCCCUUAGUCUAUUGAAGGAUACACGCAUUCAUGUUGUGAAAAUAAUUUUGUGUGGUUAUCUGAACGAUAUUUUCAAUUAAGAUUUUCUAUAUAACCACCAAUAAAUCACUUCU